CCAAUGCGGAAGCAGUGCAAACGUUUAAACGAGGCACCACACGUGUUAUCGGCGACGUUUUAAUAACAGAUGGAAGCUUGAAAGCUUGAAACCCGCCUGAUCGUGUCUGCUCCUCUAACACCUGAAGGGCAGGCAGAAGGCGGGCUGGGGACGGAGGCGGCCGGGCCACACCCCCGCCAGGCCACACCCCUGUGGCCCCGGCUACAGCGCCUGCACGCGGGAUGGACAGGGUGAGGAGCCAAUGGGAGCCCGAGGGGAAGGCGGGCGUCUGGACGUGGAUGGCGGAAAUCAGGGGCACCAGAUGCGCCGGGGGCGGUCGACGCGCGGGGCACGGGGACGGCGGGGAGAGCCUGGCUGUCCCGGGUUUGUUUGGGGCAGGCGGCCGCCAGGCCCGAGUCCCGCACAGGCCGGAGGGAAGCUCGCGAGACUGGGCGGCCGGCCGGGGGAGGCGGGCACCGCCGUGACGCUCGGCACCCGCGCCGGGCCCUGCCUCCCUCCCGCGCCCGCCCUGCCUGGCCCACUGCGGGACGGAGACGCGGCCUCCUCGGUACCGACCUCAGAGCUAAACUCAUUUCCUCCUCCGACAGAGAACGUUCCGCCCAGGGACCUUUCCACGGGAGCCGCUCAACAGCCGCCGCCCUCCCGGCCGCGGGACCACCCACCGAACCGAGGCUGCUGGUCGCGAUUGGCUGAAGACGGCCGAGAGCCGGCCCACUGGGGCGGAGGCCUGGCCGGGCCCUGUGUUCUCAUUGGUUCGCAGUCGUGUCAAUCGAGGCCGCCGCCUCCCUGGGCCCCCUUGGAUUGGCUGGCGUCGGUGCCCACGCGCGACUCGGCGUGCAGCCUCGAGGGAGGGAGGAGGAGGAGCGGCCUGGGCCUCCGAGGGGUAGCAGGGACCCUCUGCGGGCCGGCCUCCGCCUCCCGAGGCCGCACCCCGACACGCUGUUGGCCCGCUCCGUGACAUUCGGCGAAGCCGCCUACACCGCCGUUUUCGUCUCGUGUGCGACGUGAGCCAAGGUAACUAGCAAAAACCUUCAACAUCCUAGAAAAGAAGAAAAAGUUUGCCGUCACUCAAAUUCAAUGGAGCUUGCAAACAUGGCUUUUUAGCUGCUUCCCCCAUCUUCUCUUGGAAGCUAUGAAGACUUACAACUUGCCUACUGGUUUCCUUUUAAACUAAUGAAAUGACCUUGAAAAAUAAAAGUGGGGAAACCUCAGUUCUACAAAGGCAAGAAACUGAUUUGGAUUAACAAUCUGAACAAUUCCUCUUCAAAUGCCUCCUAAAAGGGGUCUGCCUUUGCACAGACCUGUGUAGGAAUUGCAAGAUCCUAAGCAAACAACUUACAACUACUAUACCUGGACAGCUAAUCCAUAGAAACAUGGCAUCACCAGUAAGAUUGUGCUAAGUCACAAGGCUUAUAGAAAUAUGUUAUGGCAGAAAUAUUAAGUGAAGACACUUUACAAGUCAACAGACAGAAAGGGAGGUUACUAGAAGCCUAAACAACUGUGGAUUUCAAGCAACAGAAAUGGAGAAAUUCAGUGGUACAGUAAAGACAAUAUUUCUCUGCUAUAAGAAAGUUCGUGAAAAUACAAUUCAAUAAGAAUGUCAUUUCUUAACCCUGAAAUUAAUCCACAAACCUAUGAACAGCUGAUUUUCGACAAAGAGACUAAAAUUAUACAGUGGGAAAAAAAAUGGCGUCUUGGUGCUGACAUAACUGGAUAUUGGCACGUAGA